AUGGAGUGGAAACACGCUAGACAACUAUGGCCACAAUACAAGUACCACACAAGUAUUCCAGAAUUCACUCCAAUCGAACCAUACAUCCCCAAAAGUUUUGCCACCGAGGUUUUCCGCGCGAUAGAGGAAGCCGAAGUUGACACAUGUCCGUUAAACGCCGCAGCCGAUGAGGCCAAGGUUGUUGCUUGGAUGCAAGCCAUUCUUGUCAAGAUCAGCAACCUUUUCAACGGUACUAUCACUAACGAUGCCGUGGGUGCUAGUAAAGGUCGCAUCGAGUUCAUAUACAUGGUACUCGAACUUUGUGUUAUAGUCGUUUUGGGAGGAAAAUGCGGAGGGAUUGCAAGGAAUAACUACGCGCAAAUGAUGACUGAAUUAGAGGGUUGUGCCAUGCAAAAUGUAUCACGUGGACUACAUCUUGACAUUUUGCAUGGUGUUCUGGCUUCACAGUCAGAGUGGUACUUUUGGACUUACGAUGGACAAGGCUUCCAAGUCUCGGAAGUCAUUGUUCCCUUUCACCGUAACGAGAAACAGGAAGUAUUGAACAGAUUGAGAAUAACCUCGCGACUGCUUGGUCAGUUUUUAAAUGGAUACUGUUCGGCUCUUUGUGCUUUCAUUCAACGGAGCGAAGAAGUGGGUUUACAACAAAGGCAAGAACAAUUUCAUCCCAGCCAUCGAAAGUGGCAAGAAGCCAGUGUUCUUGCCGAACAAGCCAAAGUGAAGGCUCUCUCAGCCAAAAAUGAAGAAGAUUUUGCAGUUUUCAAAUCUCUAUUGAACCAAAGCUUUGACGCCCUUCCGGAAGAACACCAACCUCAAUUGUGA